AAAUGGCAAACCGAAGUUCGUAAAUUUUUAAACAAACGAACAACGCCUUCUCUUGGCACGGAGUUUCUGAAAUCAGGUCGUUUUCGUCGCUACUCUGACAGUGACACUGGACGUUAUGAAAACUGCACUACGGAUUAUGACGAAGAGUGCAUAACGGAGCAGACUUAUUAUACGUGUUGUUACUGUUGCGAAUGCUGCGAAUGCCGUCCAGAGGCUUUGUUUAUGUCGAAUCUGACCCAAAAGGAACGUGAAGAAUUUGACAGCUUGCGCUAUAAUUGGACUGCAAGCAUCCACGAUAUUAUGGAGGGGCUGAAAAAUUGGGCACACGGGAAAGGACAAAAUAUUGAGGUGGAGCUGACUGAGCGAUUGCAGAAUUACACGGCAGCGAAUGCGGAAGCACGGCACGUGGUGGAAGGUUUGCAAGCAAGCGAAAAAGUAAAGAAUAUACUGCAACAAAUAGUCGAUCUUCAUAAUGAUUACGGGCUAAGUAUGAUCCAGCAAGUCUACCGAGAGCAGGACAUAAUUAACAAGUUGCGGCCACGGAUGCAGUAUAAAGUGAAGGUAGGCUUCCGAUACUUUUCGUCCAGUUCCCCUCAACAUGCCAAUCAAUUACUGCGACUCACCUUCGGCUUUCUUAAACGCGUUAUGACGAAAUUCGAUAAUUUGCUUUAUCUCAGUGUCAUCGAAAAUUUAACCGUGUGUAUCAGUGGCCUUGCUGCUGAUCUUUUGAAACCCUACAAAUAUCAUCAAAUUGUUCGUUUUGUGGGAUUUCUCGGUGACAAAAUGCGCAAAAUUGGCAUAUUUUGGCUGAUUUUGACUGCUUUUGUAACUGGCACUUUGGCCUUCCGACAACAAUCGGUUGGCAUCAGAGGAAAGCUGAUGUGUGGUGACGAGCCAAUUAAGGGAGCCAAGCUGAAACUUAUUAACCACAAUACAGUUGGUAAUUCUUUCUAUUACCUCGAAAAAGACUUCAUCAACUAA